CAUAGACAAGUGAAGUGGUGGCAUUACGUGCGCAACAAUCCCAAUGUCGCAGCCAUUGCUUCGUAUUUUCAGCUAAUUUAUCACUAUUGACGUAGAACCUUGAUUUUCAUCAUCCAAGCUACAUGCCCAGGCUGUAGACAGAAAUGACACUUUCGUGAAAUAGGAAACCACCAUUCCGCAUUCGCUCUAGAUCUGAUCCGAUCAGCACAGGAGCGCUGCAUUGCAUCACACACAUUUGUUCCCGGCUUCCCACCACCCCAUAAACGCUACACAUACAGUACUUGUGCAUGCGGACGAACGAGUGGUUUCCAAAAUCGAUGUAGCGCGCUGUAUCCACAGAAAAUUACCACCUGGAUGUCUUGCUGGGGUUAUCAUUCAUGAACCUUUCCAGCCGACUGAGUUUCUGUCGAAUGAGAAGGACGUCUAGCACCAUGGAUGGAUUCUGCCUUCUCUAUCUGCUCAUGAUUCUCCUGAUGAGAUCUGGUGAUGUUGAAACCAACCCUGGACCAGACAGGAUUGUCAGUGAGAGAGAAUUCUUUAAGCUGUCCAAGCAAAUUGAUCCUAGCUACUACAAAGAGGUGGGCAUUAACUUUGACAUCCCAAAUGCAGAGCUCGGUCACAUCGAGAAAGAGAGCCAAAAUACCAGUGAUGCAUUGAUGACAGUGUUCACAAGAUGGAGAGACAAACAGCCCCCAGGUACAGACAUCAGGGCUCUUCUUGCAGAGGGAUUGAAAAAUAGUGACUUAGGGUCUCUCUCUGAUGAACUACUCGCUGGCAGUCUAGUCCCAAACAGGACAGGUUCACCUGUUAGAUUGCCAGGAUCACAGCCCCAACCACUUUCUCCUGACCUGAUCAAGAGAUGUGCAGAUGAUUUGAGAUCCAAAUACCGGACAACUCUCUGUAAGAUCAGAGCUGAUCCUCUCAUCCCAAUUUCCAUUGUGCAGUUUGGCGACAUGUACACAAACCUUGUCCUGGAAGAGGAAUAUCGACAACGUAAGCGUCCACUUGAGUACAGUGAUCUCUUUGAUCUUAAAGUCAAUGGAGAGUUUCCCAAGCGGAUCAUGGUUCAGGGAGAGGCUGGGACAGGAAAGACAACAUUCUGUGCUAAGAUUGCCUGGGACUGGAUAAAUGACAGUCCUGCUCUCCAAAAGUUUGUGUGGGUACUUGUUGUCCCUUUUUGUGAAGCCAAACAAUACACGAUUGGUGAGAUUGUCAAGUCGUAUCUCUCCAAGGGCAACCCAGCAACAGCCUGCCAAAUCACUGAGUACAUCCGUUCAAAUCCAAAAGAUGUAUUCAUUGCGUUUGAUGGAUUAGAUGAGUUUGAUGGCAAGGUUGUACAGCGAAGGAAAGCCGGUUCAAACUCAGACUGUCACCAGCCAAAGUCUGCUGAUCAAACCAAGGCAAGAUCAAAAUCAAAGAUGAACAAGAAUAAGCGGAGAAAGUUAAUGCAACCAAAGUCAGGAAGCCCAACAAGUGCCACUUCGCAGCCAAGAGUCAACAGUGCAGAGGCAAGUGGAAGUUCUUCAGAGAGAGGUGAAAUUCCACUUACAGACAUUCUUCGUUCCGAUGAACUUGCCACUUGCCCGGUGUUGGUGACAAGUCGCCCAUGGAAGGUCAAAGAGAUAAGAUGGGAUGAUAGUCUGAGCAAACAGUACACUUUUCUGCAUGUGGAAGGUUUUAGCAAGGAGAAUGUGGAGGAUUACAUUCACAAGUACUUUCAAGAUGAUAGGGUCAAAGCAGAUCAGCUUAUCCAAUUAACCAAAGACAAUGACAUCAUAUCUAAGAAUAUGGCCCCGUAUCCUAUCUACAUAGCUAUGGUCUGUCUUAUGUGGAGAGAACUUGGUGACGAAAAACAAGAAAAGUUUAAGUCAUUACAAACUUUUUCUCAAAUAUUUGAUGAAAUGUUUAAAUUCUUGAAGGUGCAUUAUGCUCAGAAAGAGAUCACAGAUUUAGACAGCCAAGAUUUCCAAGCCUUUCGCUCUCAAAUUGAGAAGCUCAUGGAACCAGUUGCCAAAGUUGCUUUCAUCGGGCUACAAGAAAACACCCUUACUUUCAAAGAAGGUGAUUUUGAACAGUGCUCGGACUCCAUUGAAACAGCCUGCAGAGUAGGGGUGUUGUCUCAGGAGAAAAAAUUGUCAUCUAGUAUGUCUCUACAGUCUUCUAUCUUCUUUCCACACAAACUCUUUCAGGAGUACAUGGCUGGGGUCCAUCUUGCUUCCCUGUUUGAAUUAGAUAACAAUGAAUUCAACAGGCUGAUUGAGCAAGUAGUACUGCCUAGGAAGGAAGAGUUUAGGUAUCUCCUGUACUUCACUGUGUCACGGGACAAAACCAUCGCACACCAUGUCAUGAAAUGCAUGGUACAGGGUAUCAUCCAAGAGUACUCGGAUGUACAUUUGUUGGUUGAUGUAUCCUUUGAGAGUCAGGACCUAGAUACUGCAGCCUUGGCGAGGGGUGGAAUGUCACAUCUGGCAAUAGACGGAUCCACAACAGCACACACCAUAGCAGGUUAUAUAUUCACUGGACUCGGUGUACACAAAGAUAUCGAUCUUGGAGUAAAUGGAGAAUUUGGACCAAUUAUAUCACAUGAUAUGGGGGAGAUUAUAUGCUCUGUGCCCUCUCUAAAGGAUGUUACACUACUUCAAGCUGCCUUGCACAGUGACUUCUAUGCAGUUCUUGCUAAAGAAGGAAACGAGUCCAAGGUGAGUGAAAAAACACAUUGUAAUGCCGUAGUCUAGCCUAAGGGGGCGCUUUGUCAAGACGCAGAACAUCAAUUGCUUGAAAAUGUGAAAAAUCACUGUGAUUACAGUUGUAGAAAAAAAAUUAAGUUGGGUCAGGAAUUUAAAAGUUAAAAACUAAAAUGUGUAUUGUUUUUGUCAUUCUGUCACUUUGCAUCCUCCCAGUAAGAUUU